CUUUUUCGCUCAAAUGAAGGGUCAAAAUUGGUUCUCAAAACCACUUAGCCCAUGAAAUAAAUCUAAUUGUUUUUAUGAUAAUCGGGUCUGAAUAUCAUUUCAAAUCUUCUUCCAUAUCCGUUGGAUUUCCGUCAAUCGGGAAAACAAUGAGUUCUGCAGGUUCCGGCAGAGGCAAGCCCAAGGCCGUCAAAUCCACGUCCCGAUCUCACAAGGCUGGCCUACAAUUCCCCGUCGGCCGAAUCGCGCGUUUUCUCAAAGCCGGGAAGUACGCCGAUCGCGUUGGCGCCGGCGCCCCUGUCUAUCUCGCCGCCGUUCUCGAGUAUUUGGCCGCCGAGGUACUGGAACUGGCGGGGAAUGCGGCGAGGGAUAACAAGAAGAACAGGAUUGUUCCCCGCCAUAUUCAGCUGGCGGUGAGGAACGACGAGGAGCUCAGCAAGCUUCUGGGUGACGUCACCAUUGCAAACGGCGGCGUUUUGCCCAACAUCCAUCAACACCUCUUGCCCACCAAGAAAGGGAAGGGCGAUGCCUCGCAGGAAUUUUAGGUGUUAUCAAUUUCUUCUUUUCAUUCAACUUAAAUUUCGAAGCUAGUAGUCUUAUAGGACCAUCACAUUUGCCCCCCAAAUCCCAGAUGUUUUGGAAUAUAUAACUCUUUUUUCAAAUUAUAAAUAAUUAUUUGUGGUUUAAUAGUAUAGGGUAUGUGCUGAAAAUCAUCUACUUAUAAGAAUAGUACUAAUAAAGGAUCACUGAUUCUACACUAAUAAAUCAUAUUUUAAAUAUUUUACAAAUAAUCUCAACUCAAGAUGGUGUCCACAAAAAAUGCCAUAUAGAACUUCUGUUAGUCCAUUGGCUAUUCCCCGUCUACCACUCAGCACAAUUCUCCUCUUAAGGUGACUUAGUGAAUGAGAUUUUCAUAAAUAUGCCUUGGUUCUUCUUACCACUGUUUGAGAACAUAGAAAAUCGAAUAUAAUUUGGAUUCGUUGGAAUCUUGCGGCCACUGGAAUCCCUAGAAGCUUAGUAAACUUCAUGAUCAGAAAAGGAUGAAAACUUGAGGAAGAAAGCAAACUUGCUAAGCUCACAAAAGUCGGUGUGGAUCGAGAAAGGCAAGAAAACAAGAGAUGACGGAAAUAAUGUAUUAGCUUGACUGCUUGAGUAUAAAACAUUUAUUCGGGUGAAUAUCAUUGCAAAUUCAAGAUAUUUUUAUUAAUACUCUGAGCAGAGAUUAUUAUUGUAGAAUACCUAAAAAUAUGCAUUAUUAGUUUGAAUUUCGCUAGUGGCGCCAUGUACUUUAGACCCAACUUUUAAAUUAGAUUAGUUGGUCCC